CAGACGAAGUCGUGCCGAGCCGAAGGCGGACGUUUGAACUAUGAAGUUUUGUAAUAAAGAUGCCGAGAAAGUUGUAAAUAACCAAGAUUGCGAUUUAAAAGGCUGGGGCUACAGACACCAGCAAUGUCUCAUCCUGUUUUUCUGCCUGACGACGGGGUACAGCAUGCGCGCCUGCAUGGGCGUCUCCCUCGUCGCCAUGACAACGAGCGACGCAACACAUGUAAAUCUCUACAACCAUACAAACCUCACCAGCGACAAUACAAGUGACGACGAUGACUACAAAGUUGAUGGAGUCUUGAGUGCGCUUCUGCUUACUAGUCCGUAUCCGAAAUUCAAAUGGAACAAGAAGACGCAGGACGCGAUCCUAUCGUCAUUCUUCUGGGGCUACAUGGUGUUGCAGGUGCCGGCCGGGCAGCUUGCGCACCGCCUGGGUGCACGCCGCCUGCUCGCCGCCGCGCUCUUCGCCAACGCGCUCAUUUCUUUCUGCCUACCAUGGGCCGCUUAUUAUGGAGGAUGGAUAUGGGUGUUAGUCUUUAGAAUAACUCAAGGCUUGAGUCAAGCCUGUAUUGUACCAGGCAUGCAUACGUUCCUUGGCAAAUGGACACCGCUGAGAGAAAGAAGUCGCCUAAGUGCAUGGGCAUAUGGAGGUCAAGCCUUGGGUCCUGUGCUGGGUCUUCCAGUGACCGGUUUCAUCGCGUCCUCUCCGCUGGGCUGGCCGGGCGUGUUUCGCUUCUACGGUGUGCUAGCGGCGCUCGUGGGCACGCUUAUCUGGUACAUGACAGCCGACACGCCGGCCAAACAUCCCAGAAUAACUCUUGCCGAGAAAUUGUAUAUCGAAAGCGAUAUCGGCCCUACUGAUGAUUCCAGAAAACCAAAGACAGUCCCGUGGCGACGUAUCUUGACUCACCGCGGCAUGUGGGCUAUUGUUAUCGGUCACAUCGGUCAGACCUGGGGCCAGUUGACACUGUAUUCAGAAGUACCCGCAUUCAUGGAUAAAGUCAUGGGAGUCAAUAUAAAAGCGAACGGUUUGCUCUCCGCCCUACCGUUUCUAGUCAUGUGGUUCACCAACUUCUUCUUCAGCUGGGCCGCUGACAAACUGAUCGUCAAGAAGAUCUUCAGUGUGACACAAACCAGAAAACUUGCUAAUUCUUUAGGUAGCAUUCCGGCCGCAGUAGGUCUAGUGGUGCUCGCAUUUGUACCCAAAGAAUUGGUGAUUGUAGAAUGUGUUCUGGUGAUACUUUGCGGGUUUAAGGUCGCUUCUCAUGUCGGAGUUUUUGUGAACCACAUCGACAUAUCUCCCAACUUCUCGGGGACCAUGAUGAGUCUCAGCAACUUCAUGUCCAAUUUGUGUGGCUCUCUGGCGCCCAUAGUGGCCGGCUUCAUACUCACUGAUGUUACAAGCGAGUACCUUUGGCGUCAAGUAUUCUUCGUGGCCGCCGGUAUGUACUUUUUCACCAACCUCCUAUAUAUCAUCUUGGGCACGGGAGAGCGAGCGGACUGGAACGACCCGACACAAGAGCAAGACGCUGAAAAUGUUAAAGAGUAUAGUCCUAUGCUAAAAAUGGAGAAAACGUGACGAAUUUGUUUUUAUUAGAUUUAUAAUGUCAUAAUUUAUUAUGAAAAUACUAGGUAGAAAUUUAAUGUUCUUGACAAAUU